GUAGAUGGGAAGGAUAAUGCCAGGGCUGGGGGUGGGGGUCUUGGGAAGAACAACUCAGAGGAGGGCCUGGGUCCCUGGCUCUGUCUUAAGUCAGUGCAAAGAAGCUUCAUGGGUGAUGGGUUGGGGCAGGGCAGGCAGCAAGUGGCUGCAAGGACUUCUCUCUGAAACAGCAACCAAGCUGGCCAGGAAGAGGCCUGGAGAAUAAUGGUCCCAGAUAGGGGCCAGACGUAGGGGAGAAAAAAAUGUGUCUCAAUAGCACCCACUCCUCCACCCUGUCCCCACUCUUUCUAUGAUCUUUCCGGAGAUUCUCUCUUUCUACCUGAUCUGCUUCCCUCACCUGACAGUGUCCAGGUACAGUAGUUUGACAAUCUGGUUUAUCUGGCUACUGUGCUCUACUGACAACUGUGUGGCAGCAGCUGCACAGCUUCUUGGCACCUCCCUGGGCAGUAGGCAGGGAUAUAGCAUAGAGAAAGAUGUUCCAUGCCUCAGGAGCUCAGAUUCUGUUCCAGAAAAACAUCUCAAAGCCAGGGAGAAAACUGAAGAAGAGGUAUUUUGUGGAGAACAAGCUAUGCCUCCCUGUCACUUCUUAAAGAAUAAAAUGGGGUCUCUGGCAGUAGGCAAGGAGAAGACCUCUCUGAGCUCUGAGGGUGAGUGGGAGUUGCCUUCUCAGGUCUUUUCAGGCGAGCUACUUUGGCCUGCACACAGGUUGGGCCAGGAAUUCAUGCUUAAGUGCAGGCUGAUUUCCAUAAAUAAGCUUUGUGUUCCUGUGGGCUUGCCUGGAUUGUGCCUGUUCUCCUGUGAUCCCAGGCCUGGUGAGACCCGCUAGCAGGGCAGGAUAGCUUCCUGUACGUCCCCUCAAAGCCUGCACCACCCCCUCUCCCUUCACCACUCCAGAGCUAUAAUUAAGUUCCCAUGUGAAACCGUAUCCCUCAGCUGACACAUGCUUGUAACCACAGCCCUGGCCAUUGGACAGCUCAUCUGGGGUGACUGAUGGGGCUGGUGCCGGGGCCUCUAGACGCUCUCCAGUAGGUCUGAGUAGGUGGUGUGGACCCACCAGGAAAGGGUGGAUCCAGUGAGGGGAGGGGUAGGCCUUGCCCAAGAGUCAGAAAGUAGGAAGUCGUGGGGGAGAUGAAAGGCCUGCGAGCAGCUAGAAAGUGCCAGGGAACACAAAGAUAAGGGAGACAGACAGGCAGCCUUUCAUGGCUGGAGGGCAUGGACAGGGGGAAACUUUCAAAUCACUGAGCCACAGACAGAAUGUGAGCAGUUUAUUUCAUAUUCUAUGUAUUUUUAUAGCAUAAAAUUAAGAUAUAUUUUAAAUAACUAAAUUCACCAUUUUAAAGUAUGCAUUUUGAUGGUUUUUAUAUAUUAUAUUAACUGUGUUAUACAGCCUUCACCACUAAUUCCAGGACACUCCGUCACCUAAAAACUCGGUACCUAUCAGCAGUUGCUCCAUCCCUUAUCCAUCCCCUGGUUACUAAUCUACUUCCCCUCUCUAUGGCUUUCCCUAUCCUGGACAUUUCAUAUGAAUGGAAUCAUAUCAUAUGUACCCUUUUGUGUCCGAAUCAUUUCACUUAGCAUGUUUUCGAGGUUCAUCCAUGUUGCAGCAUGUAAUAGUACUUUAUUCCCUUCUGUGGCUGAGUAUUCCAUUGUGUAUAUAUAUUUUGUUUAUUUAGAAGUUGAUGGACAUCAGGGUUGUUUCCAUUUUUUGACUGCUAUGAACAUUCAUGUACAAGCUCUUGUGGGACAUAUGCUUUAAGUUCUCUUGGGAAUAUACCUAGUGAAAUUGCUGGGUCAUGUGGUAAUUCCGUGUUUAACUUUUUUUUUUUGAGACGGACUCUUGCUCUGUCUCCCAGGCUGGAGUGCAGUGGCACGAUCUCAGCUCACUGCAACCUCCACCUCCUGGAUUCAAGUGAUUCUCCUGCUUCAGCCUCCUAAGUGGCUGGGAUUACAGGAGCCCACCACCACACCUGGCUAAUUUUUGUAUUUUUAAUAGAGACAGGGGCUCUUUGAGGAAGAUGAGGUCAUAGCUAUGGUGGAUUGUUAGUCCGCACGCUCCUGCUCCUGACUCACCGCUGUUCGGUCUUGCCUAGGAGCAAGUUGGUCAGGAAGCCGUGCAUCAGCCAUGGCUUUUAAGGAUACCAGAAAAACACCCGUGGAGCUGGAGGUGGCAAUUCACCGAAUUCGAAUUACUCUAUCUAACAAGCUGCAAUGUAAAAUCUCGCUGGAGAAGGUGUGUGCUGACUUGAUCACAGGAGCAAAGGAAAAGAAUCUGAAAGUGAAAGGACCAGUUCGAAUGCCUACAAAGACUUUGAGAAUCACCACAAGAAAAACACCUUGUGGUGAAAGUUCUAAAACAUGGGAUCGUUUCCAGAUGAGAAUCCACAAGCGACUCAUUGACUUGCAGAGUCCUUCUGAGAUUGUUAAGCAGAUUACUUUCAUCAAUAUUGAGCCAGGAGUUAAGGUGGAAGGCACCAUUGCAGAUGCUUAAGUCAGUUAUUUUAAUAAAUUGAUUACCAGUUGUU